AUGGCAAAGAAAAUCAUCAUCGAUACCGAUCCUGGUAUCGAUGACAUCCUCGCUCUGCUGCUUGCUCUGUCCGCCAAGCCUGAGGAAGUCGAGGUCUUGCUGAUUUCUUUGACCUUUGGUAACAUCGAAGUCCAAAACUGUCUUCGCAAUGUGGUCUCCAUGUUCCACAUCCUCGAACGCGAGGCCCAGUGGCGUCGCGAAAAUGGACGCCCCGAGGGCUUCGAUGCCAUGCGCGCCUCGCGCCCUAUUGUAGCCGUGGGCGCUGAGGAUCCUCUCGAGGACCAGAAGAUGCUGGCAGACUAUUUCCGUGUGUUCUAUUUUUCUCUUCUCCCUCCCCUCUUCCAAUUGCAUACGGUACUUUGGCUAAUCAUUACCCCGCAGAUGGCACCGAUGGACUCGGAGGUAUCCAUGCUAGCCACCCGCAUCUUACUCCCAACCAGGAAUGGGCCCAUCUUUUUGACCCCAUCCAUGACUCCCAUGGUAUUCAAUCCGCGGACGCGGACAACUGCUCGGGGGGGUCAUUCGUUCAUCCCCUCCAAGAUCCCUGCGCACAAGGAGAUCCUCCGUGCACUACGCGAGAAUGAACCGGACUCAAUCACUUUGGUGGCUGUCGGUCCCCUCACGAACCUGGCACUUGCAGCGGCCGAAGACCCAGAAACUUUCCUCCGCGUGAAGGAGGUGGUUGUGAUGGGUGGUGCUGUCAACGAACCCGGCAAUGUUACUCCAGUUGGCGAGUUCAAUGCUUACGCAGAUGCCUUUGCCGCUGCGCGGGUCUUCGCUCUGACGUCGCCGAACCCGAACUCAACUUUGCCCCCCUCGACCAUUUCACAGCUACCGCCUUACCCAGCUAAGUUGAGCAAGCAAUUGGCAUUGCGCCUCUUCCCACUGGAUAUCACCCUGCGCCACAACAUCUCCCGUGGCCAGUUCCGCACUGCUGUCGCCCCGCUCCUGGAGAAAGGCUCUCCCCUCGCGGAAUGGGUCAAUGCGUUCAUGGGACACACGUUCCGCACUUUAGAGCGCCUGCACCCGGGCCAUGUCGGUGACGACGCUCAAUUGAGUCUGCACGACCCUGUCUGCGUCUGGUAUGCCCUGACGGCCGAGGAUUCGCGCUGGGCACCCGCACCCAACUCGCCUGAAGAUAUCCGCAUCGAAACGACUGGUCAGUGGACUCGUGGUAUGUGUGUUGUUGAUCGUCGUAAUCGUCAUCGUAUUGAAGGUGAGGAGGAGACCUCGAGUGACCAUGGUUUGUGGUUGAGUGCUCGCGCUGGAAACCGUAUCUAUCGGAUGGACCAGUCGCCGGCGGAAUCUACUUUUGGCCAGAUCAUUAUGGACAAGCUGUUUGGUUAG